CUGCGGCCGUCCCUUCUCCUGCGCGCCGGCGCAGGCCUGGGGCUUAUAAAAGGGCUGACGGGCUCCCUCUGUCGCCCAGUCGCACCGCCAGCAGGCUGAGGGUAGCGGGAGGUAGCCACCCGAGCGCAGGCGACAGGACCCGACAGGACCAGCCGGACCCGAGCUGUCGCCGCCCUCACGCUCGGCCCGCUGUCCAGGUGUGUGAACCCAUGAAGUCUUCCAAGAUGAUCUGGUGUGUUUUAAUGAUAGGGAUUCUGCUUCCUCAGUCUUCGGCCCAUCCAGGCUUCUUUACUUCAAUUGGUCAGAUGACUGAUUUGAUCCAUACUGAGAGAGAUCUGGUGACAUCCCUAAAGGAUUACAUUAAAGCAGAAGAGGACAAGUUAGAACAGAUAAAGAAAUGGGCAGAGAAGUUAGACCGACUAACCAGUACAGCAGCAAAAGACCCAGAAGGGUUUGUUGGGCAUCCUGUAAAUGCAUUCAAAUUAAUGAAGCGUCUGAACACUGAAUGGAGUGAGUUGGAGAAUCUGAUCCUCAAGGAUAUGUCAGAUGGCUUUAUCUCUAACCUGACCAUUCAGAGGCAGUACUUCCCUAAUGAUGAAGAUCAGGUUGGGGCAGCUAAAGCUCUGUUUCGUCUGCAAGACACCUACAAUCUGGACACAGACACCAUCUCAAAGGGCAAUCUUCCAGGAGUGAUACACAAGUCUUUCCUAACGGCCGAGGACUGCUUUGAGUUGGGCAAAGUGGCCUAUACAGAAGCAGAUUAUUACCACACGGAACUGUGGAUGGAGCAAGCACUAAUGCAGCUGGAGGAAGGCGAGGUUUCCACCAUAGACAAAGUCUCUGUUCUAGACUAUUUGAGCUAUGCAGUGUACCAGCAGGGAGACCUGGAUAAGGCACUUUUACUCACAAAGAAGCUUCUUGAACUAGAUCCUGAACAUCAGAGAGCUAAUGGUAACUUAAGAUAUUUUGAGUAUAUAAUGACUAAAGAAAAAGAUACCAAUAAAUCUGCUUCAGGUGACCAGUCUGAUCAGAAAAUGACACCAAAGAAAAAAGGGAUUGCUGUGGAUUACCUGCCAGAGAGACAGAAGUACGAAAUGCUGUGCCGUGGGGAGGGUAUCAAAAUGACUCCUCGGAGACAAAAAAAGCUGUUCUGCCGCUACCACGAUGGAAACCGAAAUCCUAAAUUUAUUCUGGCUCCCGCCAAACAGGAGGAUGAGUGGGACAAGCCGCGUAUUAUUCGUUUUCAUGAUAUUAUUUCUGAUGCAGAAAUUGAGGUUGUCAAAGACUUAGCAAAACCAAGGCUGAGGCGAGCCACCAUUUCAAACCCAAUAACAGGAGACUUGGAGACGGUACAUUACAGAAUUAGCAAAAGUGCUUGGCUGUCUGGCUAUGAAGACCCUGUGGUAUCUAGAAUUAAUAUGAGAAUACAAGAUCUCACAGGACUAGAUGUUUCCACAGCAGAAGAAUUACAGGUAGCAAAUUAUGGAGUUGGAGGACAAUAUGAACCCCAUUUUGACUUUGCGCGGAAAGAUGAGCCAGAUGCUUUCAGAGAGCUUGGGACAGGAAAUAGAAUCGCUACAUGGCUGUUCUAUAUGAGUGAUGUGUCUGCCGGAGGAGCCACUGUGUUUCCUGAAGUGGGGGCUAGUGUUUGGCCCAAAAAAGGCACCGCUGUCUUCUGGUAUAAUCUGUUUGCCAGUGGAGAAGGAGAUUACAGUACACGGCAUGCAGCCUGUCCCGUGCUAGUUGGAAACAAAUGGGUAUCCAACAAGUGGCUGCAUGAACGUGGACAGGAAUUCCGAAGGCCGUGCACCCUGUCAGAACUGGAAUGACAGACCAACUCUCCUCGCUCCUGUUGUCCUCUAAUGCGCCCGGCACAAUCACUGAUAACUUUCAGACGUUUACAGCUGACUAACACUCCAUGGUUAACUCGGUCAUGAACUUCGUCCUGUGUUUUGUCUAUGGACAAUCACUUAUUAUAUGGGUUUUUUGUUUUUUAAUUAACACUCAGUCACCACAUUAUGUAAAAUUUUACAGUUCAUUAUCACAGAGUACAGGACAUUUAAAAUGAGGAAUCCUAAUUCUGUUGUUUAAAAGCUUUUUGGUUAGAUUAAAAAAACAAAACAUCCAAUUGUAGAUUUCAGUGCAUUUGCGUAGAUGGUGGGCCCAUGGGGUGCAGGGGCCUGUCCGCCUGUUCUUCCUUCGCUGGAGUGUGAGGGCUUUGCCUCCAUCUAUUAGUCCACAUUCCUAUUUCUUAUUAGUUAAAGAAACUGUAUUUUUACCAAAUCUCCCUCCUCAACAGUGGUGAAUUCAAUUGGUUUGAGAAAAUUACUUUGUUCCAAAAGUUUUGUGUAGCCCAGCUGCCCUACAACUACAGUGCUCAGACUUAGACUUUUUCCUCAAUGACUGAUGGUGUCCAGAGACUUGCUGUUCCAAGUGCCAAGACCCUGCUUGUGUUCCUCCUCUAGCAGGUGGUGGUGUUGGCAUUCUGAUUAAAUACUGUGCCUUAGAAGACAGGGCGUUCCAGGUCCUUGUAAUGACGAGUGAGGGAGUUGAUUUUAAAAAAAGAAAUCUGUUUUAUAAAAGCCAAAAUGUUUUUUCUUUCUGAAACGUGUUAUAACAGUGACCUAUUUAUGAUCUUAAAU